GAACCUGGGCCCCUGGCCAAGAACUAAGGCAUAAACACAGUGAGCAGCACAUUCUAGAGGCUGAAGCAUCCACGGUGACCAUGACUACUGAAGUCGGUUCCAAGUCCGAAGUGAACAAGCAGGCCGAGCAAAUAGGAUCAGACGCUGCCCAGGAGAAACCUGAUGAGGAAGCAUCAGAAAGUCAACAGAAUCCCUCCUCAGAACCGGAGGAGGAAAAAAGUCCAGCGUCCCCCACUGCCACCGUUAGCAAAAGCAGCCCCCGGAGUCAGAAGAAGGAGAAGGAUCCCUCAGAGAGUCGGGGCAUCUCUCGCUUCAUACCCCCAUGGCUUAAGAAACAGAAGUCGUAUAACCUGGUAGAGGCCAAAGAUGGAGUCGAAAGGAAGGAGCCCACCGAGGCUGUUGUGGAAGAGCCCGUAGUCGAAAAAGAUGAAUCCCUUCCAGAAGAAGGGAGCGUGGCCAGGGGUGACACAGAGGAAAUCGUGGAGAGAAGACGGCAGGAGGUUAGAGUUGAUGAUAAGGAUGAGAAGCAUUCAGUCAGUAGUGCUGAGACACAGCCCGCUAAGGAAGAUAGCAAAGAAAUAGAAGUGGCAAAGGUAGAAGGAAUCCGGGAAGACAAACAAGAAGGAGAAGCAGCUAAAAGGGAGACUAAGGAAGUUCAGACUACUGAGCUCAAGGCAGAGAAGGCACCCCAGAAGGCUGCCAAGAAGAUAAAAACAGUGCCGUGUAAAGUGAUGCUCCUCGAUGGCACGGAAUACAGCUGUGACCUAGAGAAACGGGCUACAGGUCAAGUACUAUUUGACAAAGUAUGUGAACAACUCAAUUUACUGGAGAAGGACUAUUUCGGGCUUUUAUUUCAAGAAAACAAUGAUCAGAAGAGGUCUCUCACAUCAAGGGCUCAGAGGUCUCUCAGAGUCAUUGUGCAGAGUCCCAGGGCCCUUCAGGAUGCUGCUCCAAGCCAACUUUGGACAGGGAGCUGGCUGGAUCCUUCAAAGGAGAUCAAGAAACAAGUUCGAAAUCUUCCAUGGAUAUUCACAUUUAAUGUGAAAUUUUAUCCUCCUGAUCCUUCACAACUGACUGAAGACAUCACCAGGUAUUUCCUGUGCCUUCAACUUCGACAGGAUAUUGCUUCUGGCCGCCUACCGUGUUCUUUUGUGACUCAUGCUCUCCUUGGUUCAUAUACACUGCAAGCUGAGCUUGGUGACUAUGACCCAGAGGAACACAGCAGUGAUUAUAUCAGUGAAUUUCAGUUUGCACCCAAUCAAACUAAGGAGAUGGAAGAAAAAGUAAUAGAGCUGCACAAAACUCACAGGGGCUUAUCUCCAGCACAAGCUGAUUCUCAGUUCUUAGAAAAUGCAAAGAGACUUUCCAUGUAUGGUGUAGAUCUGCAUCAUGCCAAGGAUUCGGAAGGUGUGGACAUCAAGCUGGGUGUGUGUGCUAAUGGACUCCUUAUUUAUAAGGACAGACUUAGAAUUAAUCGAUUUGCCUGGCCUAAAAUCCUGAAAAUCUCCUACAAGCGCAGUAACUUCUACAUUAAAGUCAGGCCAGCAGAGCUGGAACAGUUUGAGAGCACCAUUGGGUUCAAACUGCCAAACCACCGGGCUGCUAAAAGGUUAUGGAAAGUGUGUGUGGAGCAUCAUACUUUCUACAGGCUUGUGUCACCAGAACAGCCACCAAAGGCUAAGUUCCUCACUUUGGGGUCUAAGUUCCGAUAUAGUGGCCGUACUCAAGCACAGACCCGACAGGCAAGCACCCUCAUAGACAGACCAGCUCCAUAUUUUGAGCGCACCUCCAGCAAACGAGUCUCAAGAAGUCUUGAUGGAGCACCUAUUGGUGUCAUGGACCAAAAGGAUUUCUCUGGCCCUGCUGGUGAUGUUUCUGUUUAUGGCCCUGGAGUUGCCGGCCAAGGCAUGUUUCAAGAUGGAGAUGGCAAAAGGGAGGUCAGAAGCCCAACCAAAACUCCACAGUUACAGUUUACUACUGAAGGAAAGUCCAUUUCCAUAUACCCACCAUCACCACCCAUCCACUGUGUUUCAUCUCGAUCUGCAAACCUAUUGCCAAUCCCUGAAAUGGAAGUGCUUUCUGACAUUUCAGAGGAAGACCUCUUUGGGGAGGUGGAUCAAACCACACUGGAGAGCUUGGAAUUCAGUUCUCUAAGUGAAACCUCGGGGCAUGGUGAUACUGAAGUAUCCCCCCUUGAUUCUAUCUUGGAUAUUCCGCUGUCCCCAGCUAAGCACAGCUGUCCUUCUCCAAUCCAUGGAAAAACUCUGAAAGGUGCUGACUACCAAGAUACUGAGUUUGGUUACUUUUCAUUCAAUUUCUGCAAAUGCUUUCCCACUAACUUCCCUUCACUGCUUGAUGAAGAUGGGUACCUCACUUUCCCCAGCCUCCCCAAGGUUUGCGUCUCCUUCCUCCCUGCUGACCUACAGCAUUAUGUUCCUAUUACAUCGCCUUCAUUUAUUCCUUCUUUUCUCCUCAUCUUUGGGCUGCUACUUUCUGCUUUCCAGUCCGUUCCUUUCUCACUCACCUUUUCCCUUCCUCUCGCUCUAUCUCUCUGCUACCUGGAGCCUAAGACAACUUCAUUAAACACCUCUUAUGACAAUGACCUGCAUGACAAAGCAGAGGAAGAGGAGGUGAAGGAAGACCAGAGUGGCUUAACGUUUACAGCUGCUUCUGAGACUGAAAUGAUCCAGGUGGGGACUGAAGAAGAGGAAACACAGCUGGAGGACCUGGAUAAGACCCAGGACGACAUACUGAAACAUCAGGCUAGCAUUAGUGAACUCAAGCGCCAUUUUAUGGAAUCCACACCUGAACCACGCCCCAAUGAGUGGGAAAAGCGGCGUAUCACACCUUUGUCCCAACAGACACAAGGGAGCCUAGAAGAGGAGAUAACAUCAAUUUUAUUUAGUAAAGAGGGCUUUUCUGCUAGCAUGAAAGCCACCUUCACAUCAACCAGCAUUCGGACAGCAGAGGGCUCUGUUGUGAAUUAUAGUGUACCUUCUGAAAUGCUUUCUUCCUCGCCCUUCUCACAGUUGCCUGAGAAACGUGCUCCCACAACAGAAGGGCCUUGUUCUGGAGCCAACGAUGCUGUUAAGAGUUCACAUGAGACUCUGAAUGUAGUGGAGGUGAAGAAGCAGGCAGAGGUUGGGAAAGAAGAGAGAGUAAUCACAGAAGGCGUGAACAGUAGAGACAGAGUACCACCCGGGAGUGAUCCUGGGGAGACACGUAAGGUGGAACCCCAGACACACAAAGACUCCCCCUCCCUGUCUUCAGAGAACAGCAGCAGCAGCAGCAGUGAAAGUGAGGAAGAAGAUGUGGGAGAGUACCGACCCCACCACCGGGUGAAAGAGGGUACCAUCCGGGAAGAGCAGGAGGAAAACGCAGAAGAGGUGGAGGAGGAGAAAGAAGCUCGAGAGUCAAAGGUAGUACAGUGUGUGGAAGCAGUGCCAGAAGCCAGCUCAGUAAAGCAAAUCACAGUAGAAACAGUGGUCCAGGAAAAUGUAGUUUCCCAAAAGGUCACUGGAGAGAAGAGUUUAAAAGAAGGAUAUGAGCAAGACAUGAGAGAAGAAACUGAGGAAGAACAGCACAAAGUAAACGGAGAGGUGUCUCAUGUUGACAUUGAUGUUUUGCCAGAAAUAAUUUGUUGUUCAGAGCCACCAGUGGUAAAAACAGAGAUGGUAACUAUUUCUGAUGCUUCACAAAGAACAGAGAUCUCCACCAAGGAAGUCCCAAUUGUCCAAACAGAGACCAAAACCAUCACUUAUGAAUCUCCACAGAUUGAUGGCGGUGCUGUUGGUGAUGCUGGCACAUUGUUGACAGCACAAACCAUCACUUCUGAAUCCGUGUCUACAACUACGACCACACAUAUCACCAAGACAGUGAAAGGCGGAGUGUCUGAAACAAGAAUUGAGAAACGAAUUGUCAUCACAGGAGAUGCCGAUAUUGAUCAUGACCAGGCAUUGGCGCAAGCAAUUAAGGAAGCCAAAGAGCAGCACCCUGACAUGUCAGUCACAAGAGUGGUGGUGCAUAAAGAGACGGGAGUCACAGAAGAAGAGGAAGAAUAAAGUAAGAAAUGCUCUUUUCAAAUUACAUUCAACUCUGUGAACGUGAAGAAUUCUGACCAAUCCUAGUCUUGAUGCCACACCACUGCUCCAAUGAAUUUAUACCACAAGCGGUAACAAUGACCAGGCACCUGAAGAUUAAAAUGCCAACACCAAACCUUACCUUAACAUCUCUGGUCUAUACUGUUUCCUGACAUCUUAAUUAUUAUUCAUCUUUUUUAUUUUGUAUAACCACUUCCUAAUAUUCUUAGUUUUUAUUUUAUUUUUAUUUUUUGAAGUUUAGGCUUUGUCUUUGACUUUGUGUACAACUACCUGCUAAUUAUACCUGCUUUCUGAUGAAAUGAUAGUGAACAAAGCCAGCCUCAGCUGUCAGGUGCUGUUCACUUGAACAGGUGCUGUUGUACAAAAAAAAAAAAAAAAGGAAAAUCUUUGACUAAUUUAGAUAGGGGAUUUUCCCCCCUUGACUCUUGUCAAUUGAAAUCUUACUGGAAUAAUUUACAGAUUUUUCGGAUUGAGGUCAACAUACUGCCUAAGAUAAUAUUACGAAGUAGGGUUGUCUUUUUUUUUUAAAGUUUCCUACAUUUUGAAAAAUUUUGGUCAUAUUUGAGAAUUUCACUUGAGAUCUGUUUUCUCUUGAGCCCUCUUAACUCUUCCAUUCCACAUGCUCUUUACUUCCAUUGGCAAGUUAAGAGGCAGAUUCUCCAGACUAGAAAGAGUUAUGAAGGAGGCCCAUUAGCACUGUUCUUAGAGACAUUGUAUUCCAGUGCAGAUAAUAAUGCUCAGCUGGUUCUCAGACAUGCAGUCUCCUAAAGCAUUCCAGAAGAAGGAGGGAAGGAGAGAGAGACAUUUUUUCUCUCCUGUUAAAAGAUAUAGGCAGCUUAAAAUCUUAGUGCUUUUCUCUUAACAAGUCCAAAUUUCAAGAUUUUCCAUUAUUUGCACCCUUGUGUAGAAUGCUUGCUUUUUAUUAAACCUCAUUGUCUGUGUGUUUAAAAAAAAUGACCCUCUUUUGUUUCUGAGAAGGUAGAUCUGUUUCAGAUAGUGUGUCUGAUGAUUUAUGCAGGUUUUAAAGGAUGCUGAGGGAAAGGGAUGGGUGCUGGGGUGGUUUUGUCGUGGUAAAAAGAAAGCUACACCAUUCGAAGCUGUCGCCAGAGACAACAGAAAGGGGACUUGAGAUUAACUAUGUUGAAAUUUCAUUUUGUUUUUGUUGUUAUUUUGUUUUGUUUUGUUUUUGGCUGUUCCUCUGUCUAUAGUUACAAUGCCAGAUUAGAUUUAUAGCAGCUUGAAAUUGUAUUAAGUGAUAUUUUGCUCUCUGUAAUACUGUUAUAAAAUAAAAUUUGUUUAUUCUCUAAA